GAUUGGCUCAUUCAAGUAUCGCUUUGUUGGCGGUUUGUUCGUACAUUUCAACGAUUCUUGCUACUUAGAUAGCUAGUCUGUCAGCUAAAGUAUGUUGCAAAGGUUUGUCUCUGAAAAUGGAUGAUUCUGCAAAACAAGUUUUACGAAAGAUUAUCCGUAGAAUACCGUCGAAUAAACUGCAAAAUAUACUGAGCAAAUGGGAGCAUCUGUCAAAGAAGCAGUUCCGAUCACUGGAGUUUACGCAGGCUAAAUGGCUGCUUUGUGAUAAUCUCCUUUCCCUCUGUGAGGAAAAUGACUUAUCCAUGAAACACGUGACAGAACUGGAAAUGAUUUACCGUAUCGAGAACCCUGCGCAAGGAAGUUGGAACGUAUGCCAGCUCAUUGACCCCAGUGAAGAGGCCGUGACUGUAGACUCGUUAACUUUCAAGGACUCAUUCAAAGCACACCUGAAGCAUCUCAUCAGUCACGUUUCUGUAAAAAUGAAGAAGCACGAGGAUAAUGCCAUAUGGAUUCGCAUUGCUUGGGGCGAUAAUUUCACCCAGCCUAACCACCUCAAUCCAACAUACGUUGUGCAUCAUCUUCAGACACCUUAUGUAUUUGUGUCUGGCUUGACUGCGAAGCACAAGCCUUUUUUACACCAGGCCUUGAUUCCAUCUACUCAUUAUGGCGGCCUAAAGGAUGUUCACCUCAGUGGGCGGUGCCUGACUGCUUUGAGAGAUCUCUUAAUGAGACAGUACAAGCAGGCAUUUCCUGUAAAACAUCCAAGGCUCUUACAGGAGAAAAGUCCCGUACCAUCACAUCCCAAUAUAGAAACUGAGCACGCAAAACACACUGAAAAGCGAUUGCAGAUGGCUGCCGAGGCGUUCGGUGAGGGAAUUCUGCCAAAAUUGGAAACGGCCGUUUAUAAGCCUCCAACUCCUUUAUUUAUUCAUGUCAGCUGGAAACGAGGUUCAGAGAGAAUGGGAUGCCAGGCAGAAGAGAAGAGCCCUUCAGAGGCGUGGUCAAGUUUAGCAGCAGCAACCUCCUGGAGUCAUUAAAAAACUGCGUCUCAUCAGGGAUGGCAUCUGCCCCAGUCACUCCACUGCUUUCAUCCAUCACCCAGAAAGGAAGGAAUUAUUUUGUAAUCACGGACAAAGGACCUGGAGUCUCCCACACACAAGGUCGCAAGAUCUGAAGUUCAGAGACUGCUCAUUUGAUAUGUUUUUACCGUAUAGAACCCGAAUGCAAUACCCUUUUUUGGUUUGGGAUAUUAAUGUGACCAUUGUAGAGCUUAUUUUUUAAAGUUCUUGUAUAUAUUACUCUAGUACUAUAAAACUGUUUUUCCUCUUUUUUUUCUUUCUUUUUUUACACUGCUGUCAAUGUGUAGUUGACCUCUAAACAGAGGAUUAAGAAGGAAUGCAAGAUCAUGAAUUCAAUUACAUUUUUUGGUUUCUUUUAAGACCAUUCAACUUUCCCUACCAUGUGUUGGUUACGUGCUUUCAGGCUUAGUUUAAAUUAAAUCCUCUGGGUUUUUGUAUUUUAAAGUAAUAAUUCCUGAUUUUAGCAUUUUUAUUUUUUCCUCUAAAUAAAUUGUAAUACAAAAGUAUAA